AUGGAUCCUGCAGCAGGAGCAACAGCAACUCACGAAUUGACGGGCGGCGAACGCGAAUGGUACGACCGCUAUGAUAGGCAGAUUCGCCUCUGGGGUGUUGAGGCGCAACGCAGACUUGCUGAGUCGCACGUUUUAAUUGCAGGGACCUCAUGUAGUCUCCUCGGUCACGAACUGGCAAAAAACGUCGUCCUUUCUGGUAUAGCCCGUCUGGGGCUAUAUUCUUCCAGCAAAUCGUGCGGCCGUGGGUUUUUGGGCUCAAAUCUCAAUGCCACUGUUGAAUCUUUGUGUGACAUGAACCCUCACGUCAGAGUGGAUGUCAUUGAGGAUAUCUUGCCCACCAUUCAUGAAUUCACAAUUGUUUGCGCGAUUGGCAUGUCAAAGAAAGAAGAACUUGUUAUUGCAAACGCUUGCCGCGAAAAAGGCGUUGCUUUUUGUACUGGUCGCACCGCGGGUACAGUUGGAUGGGUUUUCUUUGAUUUUGGAAAAAGCUACAAGUUCCAGGUCAAAGCGAAGAAAGAUCCCAAGGCUGAAACUGAGUCGACUGCAAUGCAAGAGAACGAAAUAUCGUUUUGCACAUACGCCGAAGCGGUCGGUGCACCUUGGGGGAAGGAGACGAGACGAUCGGAGUUUGGCUGGCAUGUAGCGUUGAGUUUGCUUGAGUUUGAAGGGCAGCACGGCAGGAUGCCUGUCGGCGAUGAGGCCGACCAAAAGGCGCUUUUAGAUACUUACGACAAGCUUAAAGCGGAGAAGAAGCCAUCUCAUUCAAAAGAGGAGCUACUAGUGCAAGUUGGCACUGUGGCACAGUUUACAAUUCCUCCUGUGGCCGCCAUCGUUGGCGGAAUGUGGGGAAGAGAAGUUAUCAAAUACGUAUCUGGCAAAGACGAGCCAAUCAACAACUUCUUUUUCUUUAACUCGAAGACUAGCUCAGGUUCUCUCGAACGAUUAGGUCCCUCAGAAUUGGUGUGAAAGUGGACGACGCUGAAGAGAGUCGCAUCAUGCCUGCCGCAUUGUAAUUCUCCUGUACAGACUUGCCACGGGCACACAGUAAAACAUCAUUUUCCUUUCA